UUGUGAGGAAGUCGGAAGUUGCGGUUUGCGCUGCACCUUGGGCUCGGUUGUGUAGAGAGCUGGGUCAGCUCGGUAGCCCCACCAUGGUGAGCGAGUGGUUGCUCUCCACAGAUGGGGAAGAAUGGUGGGCCAAGACGAGCGAGGGGCUGCUGUCCCCAGGAAGAGAGGAUUGGCCGGUCAUGAAUGCAGUGACCUAUGACGAUGUGCAUGUUGACUUCACUUGGGAAGAGUGGGCUUUGCUGGAUCCUUCCCAGAAGCGUCUCUACAAAGAUGUGAUGUUGGAGACCUACAGGAACCUCACUGCUAUAGGUUUCAAAUGGAAAGAUCAUCAUAUUGAAGAACAUUGUGAAAGUUCUAGAAGACAUGGAAGGCAUGAAAGAAGCCAUACUGGAGAGAAACCAUCUGAAUAUGCUCAAAGUGUUAAUUCCUAUGCAUAUCAUAAUCAUCUUCAAAGGCAUGAAAGAAUCCAUACUCGAGAGAAACCCUAUGGAUGUAAUCAAUGUGGUAAAGCCUUUUCACAACACUGGUAUCUCCAAAUACAUAAAAGAGCACAUACUGGAGAGAAACCCUAUGAAUGUAAUCAAUGUGGGAAAGCCUUUGCAUGUAACAGUAGUCUCCAAAAACAUAAAAGAACACAUACGGGAGAGAAACCCUAUGAAUGUAAUCAAUGUGGUAAAGCCUUUGUAUGUCACAAUUAUCUCCAAAUCCAUAAAAGAAAACAUACUGGAGAGAAACCCUAUGAAUGUAAUCAAUGUGGUAAAGCCUUUACACGUCACUCUAUUCUCCAAAUCCAUAAAAGAACACAUACUGGAGAGAAACCCUAUGAAUGUAAUCAAUGUGGCAAAGCCUUUACACAUCACUCUAGUCUCCGAAUACAUAAAAGGACACAUACUGGAGAGAAACCCUAUGAAUGUAAUCAAUGUGGGAAAUUCUUUAUACUUCACUCUGUUCUCCAAAUCCAUAAAAGAACACAUACUGGAGAGAAACCCUAUGAAUGUAAUCAAUGUGGGAAAGCCUUUGCAUAUCACAAUUAUCUACAAAUCCAUAAAAGAACACAUACUGGCGAGAAACCCUAUGAGUGUAAUCAAUGUGGGAAAGCCUUUCCAGGUCCCAGUCAUCUUCAAAUGCAUGAAAAAACACAUACUGGUGAGAAACCCUAUGGAUGUAAUCAAUGUGGGAAAGCCUUUGCAUCAAAUAGUAGUCUUCAAAUCCAUAAAAGAACACAUACUGGUGAGAAACCCUAUGAAUGCAAUCAAUGUGGUAAAGCCUUUGCACGUCACAGUUAUCUCCAAAUCCAUAAAAGAACACAUACUGGUGAAAAACCCUAUGAGUGUAAUCAAUGUGGUAAAGCCUUUGCAUGUACUGUUACUCUCCGAAAACAUAAAAGAACACAUACUGGAGAGAAACCCUAUGAAUGUAAUCAGUGUGGUAAAGCCUUUGCACAGCACAGUCAUCUUCAAAGACAUAAAAGCACACAUACUGGAGAGAAACCCUAUGAAUGUAAUCAGUGUGGUAUAGCCUUUUCACAACCCGCAUAUCUUCAAAUACAUAAAAGAACUCAUACUGGAGAGAAACCCUAUGAAUGUAAUCAAUGUGGAAAAGCCUUUGCAUGUCACAGGAGUCUCCAGAUCCAUCAAAGAACACAUACUGGUGAGAAACCAUAUAAAUGUAAUCAAUGUGGUAAAGCCUUUGCAUAUCACAAUUAUCUACAAAUCCAUAAAAGAACACAUACUGGAGAGAAACCUUAUGAAUGUAAUCAGUGUGGUAAAGCCUUUGCACAGCAAGGUCAUCUUCAGAGGCAUACUAGAACACACAAUGGUGGGACCUCUUCCCCUUUCCCUGGUUUUGGGACACCCCUCUCCCAUCUGCCAGGACUGUGGACCUGGGAAUUUCAAAUGUACACCUAAAAGGAAAGCGUACACCCCCUAAAAUUCCUUAACUCCAUUUUCUGCCCAUUACUGUACAUUUUUUCUAGCAGAUUUCUAAUCAGUCAAAGGCUACAGACUGCUCCAACUGCUGCCUGCAUGUUCCUAGUCCCAGAGGGUCCUAUAAAGCCUGGACAACAAAUGAAGCAGUCUGCUCUGUCUGGACUUGGUCAAUAUUUCAGUCUUUAGUGUUGCCAAGAAUAGCCCAAUGUCAGCAGGAAGUAUCAUGGAUGAUUUCAACAUCCCUUGUCGCUCAUUUGUUAUCAACAAAAAGUCUGGGAUGUUAAGUUCCUUACCCAGGACAUAUAACUGAGGUGCUUAUUCAUCACAUCAAAGCUUGACCUGGCUACCAGGUUCUCCCAACUUCCCUCAGUCCCUACCUGCUACAGGGUAUGGCUGAACAUAACCUACCCUCUACAUUGAACUCUCUACUCCAGGGGUUAGAUUGCCCUUAAAAAUGUUCUAUUACUUAUUGUAUAAAUUCUGCCCAUGAUCCUGAUAUGUAUAUUUUAAUGUCUCCAUAUGUACUUUUGCCAGUUAAUCUGGUAUGAGGAUCUUGAUGUGUGUACAUUUAAACAGGUUGCUACUGUCCUCUCAAAGUUAAAAUGGUUUAUUAAUUGCUUUGAUUACAAUUUUGAGAUCUAUGUCAGCUUCAGUUACAGUUUUGGUUCAGCAGGUGCACACUGCUAAUCAGGUGAACUCUUUAUUUAGAAAUGUAUCAUUAACAUUGGUUACUCAGGAAAGGAGUGACCAAGGAUUAACAGGUAGAGCUAAUGCUUUAGAAGAAACCAUUUUUUACAUGGGGACUCAGAUCCAAAAUAUUAAGACAUGCUUAACCUCAUGUCAUGCUAACUAUAAAUGGAUUUGUGUUACUCCUCUGCC